CGUUCCCCUCCCCGCCUUUAUCAGGCGUGCACGGCCUUCUAGACGUGAUGAGAUUUCCCCGCGGGGAAUCUCUGGGAUCGGUUCAGGACACGAACGGGACCCGAUCCGAGCAGGAGCCGGCCGUGACGUCAGCCACCCCAGCCGCGCGGCACGAGCGCAGGCGGCGGGAGUCAGAAGUCAGGCCCGCGCUUUGACGCGCGCGCGCGCUUCCACGUGAGCCCUUGCGCCCGGCCUCGGAAACUCCUAUUGUGUGUGUGUGUAACGAAGGGAGUAGCGGCGGCGGAGGCGGCGAAGGAACUGGCUGCAGUUCCACGCAGCGGCCAGAGGCGGCGAUGCCGAGCCGGUGCUGGGAAAAGAAACUCUGCGAACAUCCUGGUUUGCACCACUUAAAGGCAAAGGCAGCGUCGAGGGAGGGGAAGAGCGACGCGCACGGAACCGGCCAGAUUGGCGCUUUCCCGGCUCUUUCCCGACAGAGGCGGAGGAACGACGAGCGCCCCAUUGGCUCGAUCGCUCGAACAAUCCUCGGUGCUGGCCUUCUUGCAUGUACAAUCUGAGGAGUGUGAAGACGCAAGGGCUGCCGUGGAUAUUCACAUAAUUGAAGAAACCACUUGUUGGGAAUAAAUAACUGAAGAUUUUAAAAACUGGAAGAACAUUUGGGAAGAAGAAAUCUAGUUUCUACAAGAUCAAAUCUGAAUUAAAUGGCGGAUAAACAGAUCAGUUUACCUGCAAAGCUGAUCAAUGGAGGGAUAGCUGGGCUAAUUGGGGUCACUUGUGUGUUUCCUAUUGAUCUGGCAAAAACUCGCCUGCAAAACCAGCAGAAUGGCCAGCGAAUGUACACCAGCAUGUCUGACUGCCUCAUUAAAACAAUCCGGUCGGAGGGAUAUUUUGGCAUGUACAGAGGGGCUGCAGUGAAUCUAACCCUAGUGACUCCAGAAAAAGCCAUCAAGCUAGCUGCCAAUGAUUUCUUUCGACAUCAUCUUGCCAAAGAUGGGAAGAAGCUGACACUGCUGAAGGAAAUGCUGGCUGGCUGUGGGGCAGGGACCUGCCAGGUGAUUGUCACCACUCCCAUGGAGAUGCUCAAAAUCCAGCUGCAGGAUGCAGGCCGAAUUGCUGCUCAGAAGAAACUAAUGGCAGCCCAGGCUCAGUUAAAUCCUUCCACUGGUGCUGGAGCAGCAGAGUCUGUUGUAGAGACACGAACAACAGCGAUGCAAAUCACAAAGGAACUGCUUCGGAGCAAAGGCAUCUCGGGACUUUAUAAGGGACUUGGAGCUACAUUGCUAAGAGAUGUACCUUUUUCCAUUGUUUAUUUUCCACUGUUUGCAAACCUGAACAAACUGGGGCAGAAGACCCCUGAUGUGAAAGCUCCUUUCUACGUGUCCUUCCUCUCUGGAUGCCUGGCAGGCAGCACAGCCGCGGUGGCAGUUAAUCCUUGUGAUGUAAUCAAGACCCGGUUACAGUCCUUGCAGAGGGGAGUCAAUGAGGACACAUACUCAGGGAUAAUAGACUGUGCCAGGAAAAUCUGGAGGAAGGAGGGCCCCACAGCCUUUCUGAAGGGGGCCUACUGCAGAGCCUUGGUCAUUGCUCCAUUGUUUGGUAUUGCACAAGUGGUCUACUUCAUCGGCAUUGCUGAAUACAUCCUAGACAUGUUUCCAAGGCGCCAGGAUUAAACCCCUCGCAUCUCUUCCCAUCCAAUUGGAAUUCAUCGUAGUAUUUUUGUCAUCAUGGUGUCCAAGCAACAGCACAAAGAGUUAAAGCAGUGGGGAUGAAUGUUCUCUUCAGACAAAGUUAUUUUUUUUCCUGUCAACAUGGUCCCCCUAUUUUUACCCCAGGGAGGAUCCUAAUUAUGCAUAUCUCCCUUUUCAUUGUCAGUCUCAAAGACACUGGUUAACACAGACUGUGUUACAGGCCCAGUGUUUCUCUUGGCUAAGGGAAAGUGAGCCAUCUAUGUUCUCUGAGUUACCACCCAAUCAAGACAGAGCAAAAGAACUUGACUUCUCUCCCCAGCCAUAUUCUUGGUUAUGAUGAGGCCUCUGGGGAAGACAAGGGGCUGGUACCCACUAAAAGGGAGGCCAUUUUGUCUGUUGAGAGGGCAGGUAAUUAUGAAAUCAAAAUGUUUGGGUUUUUAGGUAGUUCUCCUAAACACCCCUCCCCCAAAUUAGUUGGACUUAAAUGAACUCUUUGGAUAUUGAAGUAGGGGGGAAAGGGACAGGUGCAUCCUCUGUGCUGAUUUACGAAAUGAACCGCCUUCCCAAACGGAGCGCGUCUGUGAAUACAUGGUGCUGCCCAGUGUCAUAAACUUGCUGUGAGCCAUUAUGGUUGGGGGAAGAACCAAUCUGGGGAUCAAUUUUUAUUUAAUUUUAUGCAGAUUUAUGCCCAACCUGUUAAUACAUUCCUUUUGGUCAGCUUGAUUGAUGCUAGUAAUGCUGUUGUCCUGCCUGGUGUUUCAGUUGUCUGUGUCUUUUGAGCUGUGCCUAGAACACAUGUAUUCCUUUCUAGUUUCCCUCUGGGGGUACAGACCAUGCCAAAGGCUAACUUGGAGUUGAUCUCUGUUUUGGCAUUUAAUACUGCAAAGUUGCUGGAUGGUACAGAGAGUUGUAGUUCAACUAAAACCAGAGGAAAACACCUUACACAUUUUGGGGAGGGUGCAGCUACACAGGAGUUCAAGGAAUGAAUCUAUUAUACUUUAUGUUCAGGGUUUGUUUAUUUUUUUUCCUGAACUCCAGUGAACUAUAUUUUAGCGAUACCAGCUAGUUUUCAUAUUCAGGCCAAAACUGACAGCUAUCUGUCAAAGCUUCCCUGUUACUUCUACAGAGACCUUCAUACAGACAUAUUCACCCUUAGAUGUGGGGCUGAGGGAUUUCCUUAGUUCUUUUAAAUCAGUGGUUCUUAACCUUUGUUACUUGGAUGUUUUUGAACUGCAACUCACAGAAACCCCAGCCAGCACAG